GGGUGGGAGCGGAGGGCACGUAAUCCCUCAUCGUAACUCCUCAUAAAAUACAGAUCAAACUUCAAACUGGUAAGUUCUCGUUUAAUCUUACUAUUUUACUUCGGAGUCACGUGAGUGAUUCCGUGAAGAUUUCAAAGCUCUGUGAUUUCAAACCGUGUAACAGUUAUUACUACAUCACUGCCGAAGUCUUUGAGGGAGGAAGUGUGUUAUCGUAAUCAACCAAUGAAUCUGUUUUAUGAAAAACAAAAACGGUAUUUAUUAACAAUAACAACAAAAAGAAAAUUGCUCCCCCGGGCUUAAAUUAAAUAUUUGCAGACUGUAAAAUUGUUUCUGCCUAUAACACAGGUUUUGCCAACGGCUUGUGAUAAAAAGUCCUGAACGUGGUUCCCCUUGCCCAUCCUACUGUAGCCAGGAUGUGGUCCAUUCUUUCCGCCGUUGACGUGGAUGCUGCCCUGGUGGAGUGAGAUUUAUACAAGCUGGCCUGCAGGUGCGUGUGCAGAGAAUGGAGAAGGAGCUGGAGUUGCUGACCGCUGACUUCUGGGCUUGGCUGGACUGGGGCGGUGGAUCGUCUGAAACCAUACGCCUCCCUCCCCCACUGACACCAGCCCACAUCAUCAAGCUGCUGGGCAAGGUAACCCUUCAGAGACUGGAUGAGCUUCGGAACAUGCUGCCCUUCGAGUCGCUGGAGAGGGUGCAGGCUGACAUCGCCGCCAUCCAGCAGAUGCAUGAGGAGCGGACGGAGCCGGCGCUGCGGGCAGUUGGUUGCAAUACCAAGAUGUUGUUGCAGAAGGUGAAGGAAAUGGAAUCUGCUGUGGAAAGGUUAACAGGUGAACAGAAGCAGCUACUGACUGCACUGGCGCUGCUGGAGGAGCAGCUCGGCCAGACACGGCUGGAGCUGCAGGCUGCACAUGCGGCAAACAAGGACAUGGACUCCAGCAUGCGAGCAAUGGAAAGCAGUGUGAAAAGUAUAACUGAUAAGGAGAUGGCGUUGCUCCCAUUUGUCAACAAGCUGCUGUUUGGUUCAUCACAAGACAGCACAGGGGAACCUCUGACAGCACAGCUGGUGCAUCAGCAGGAACUUGAGGCCCUCCUUGCUGGCUUGGAGAAGAAGAUCCGAUCAGAUGAUUCACUAUAUCCUGGUCUGGCAAUGAAGGCACACUCGGCAACUGUCAGAGUAGGGAUUAUUAAGGUACAAGCAUGCAAGCAGCCAGUGGCUCUAACCCUGCAACAGACUAUUGUAUUUCAGAAAAGUAAUUUAUAACAUAAUAUAUACAGUUAAUUAAAUUGGGGCAUGUCUUGCUCUACGUUCCAUCAAUUCAGCACUUUCGCUUGCAAUGUGUCAAUGAACACCACAUCCUUAAACAGUGCUCCCAUGAAGUGUCUGAGAGUCCCUCAGUGUCUAGUGGUGGCUGGACCUUAGACCAAGGCCACU